AUGUGUCGGCACAAGCAGCAAACAGCAUGCGUCUGCUUGCUUACAGCGGAGGAAGAGAUCGCAUUCCCACCCACCUACCGUUAUGAACGUGGCUCACGGGACACAUAUGUCUGGCAGAAGCAGAAGGCCACAGGGAUGAGGACUAAUGUUCCCUCCUGGUGUGACAGGAUCCUGUGGAAGUCAUACCCAGAAACGCACAUUGUCUGCAACUCCUAUGGCUGUACAGAUGAUAUAGUGACCAGUGAUCAUUCCCCAGUGUUUGCUACCUUCGAGGUGGGGGUGACCUCCCAGUUUGUCUCCAAGAAAGGUCUGCCAAAAUCUUCAGAGCAGGCCUACAUUGAGUUUGAGAGCAUUGAGGCCAUAGUGAAGACGGCGAGCAGAACCAAGUUCUUCAUCGAAUUCUACUCCACCUGUCUGGAAGAGUUCAAGAAGAGCUAUGAGAACGACAGUCAGAGCAGUGACAACGUCAACUUCCUGCGUGUGGGCUGGUCCAACAAGCAGCUAACGACGCUCAAACCUCUCCUCUCGGAGAUCGAGUACCUGCAGGACCAGCAUCUGCUGCUCACAGUGAAGUCACUGGAUGGAUACGAGUCCUACGGAGAGUGUGUGUUGGCUCUGAAAUCUAUGAUUGGCAGCACAGCACAGCAGUUCCACACCUACCUGUCCCACCGUGGUGAGGAAACAGGAAAUAUCAGGGGGUCCAUGAGGGUCAGAGUGCCUUCCGAAAGGAUGGGCACCAGGGAGAGACUCUACGAGUGGAUCAGUGUGGACAAGGAUGAGACAGGCGGACCAAAAGGGAAAUCCACUUUGGUAUCCAGAGUGGGACACGAAUACGUCAAGCCAUCUGUAGUUCGUAAACAGCUUGGGGAGCUGGGAAAGGUCAGUGAGGAGGGAGAAAGAAGCACCAAAGAGGAAACGGCUGCAAGGCCUAAACAGGAUGCACCAGACGGUGAUCCAUCCAUCAGCAAGAACAGCUACAAUAAUCCCGCCUACUACAUCCUGGAGGGCGUUCCCAACCAGUCGGCAGCUGCUCUUUCACCUGAGCUUCUCCCAUCUCCUACCUCUGCAAAUCCCCAGGUAGCUAAAGUCACUCCUCCCUCAGCUGGAGCUCGAACCAAACCCCCACCUUAUGUGGCCUCAGGGUCCUGUCAUGCACGCAGACCCAUGACGGGGCACCCGGUCCGUGCUAUCAGCGAGGAGGGCUCCUCAGAGGACGAUGGUGGCGUCUGUGUAGCAGGAGCGCAGGGGGGCGGUGUUGGAACAACAGUCGGAAGCACACUAAAUCGACCCCCUCCUGACUUCCCCCCUCCUCCUCUCCCUAAGGGAGCUUUGGAGAUGGUUACAGAGGCCCCCUUCCCAAAACCUCGCCCUCUUUACCCAGAUUUAGCUGAGGUCAGGAUCCCAGCAGCCAGUCCUGCCGCCCCGCUGGCCCUCGGAGAGGGUUUUAGACGAGGAGCUGGGGGAGUUGGUGUUGGACCAGGGGCACUGGACGACCAGUCGUGUUCUGUGCUCCAGAUGGCAAAGACACUGAGUGAGAGUGAGUUUCCUGGGCAGCCUCCGCGCGCUCCUUCUGCUCCGCCGCCUCUUAGAGGGCAGCCGACGGGUUUAGGUCUGGACGCGUGCCGCACCUUCCCACCCAGAAAUGCUAUCACAGAGAGCAUCGCAGAAGACAUGCCCGAGGAGGCACUUUGGGGCAGCAGUAGCUCGUCUUUGUCUGUUGGGGAGUCCUCAGUAGGGGAGUGGCUGCAGAGACUGGGACUAGAGAGGUAUGAGCAGGGUCUUCUACACAACGGCUGGGACGACCUGGAGUUCCUCAGUGACAUCACGGAGGAGGACCUGGAGGAGGCGGGAGUGCUCGACCCCACCCACAAGCGAAUCCUGCUGGAGAGCCUCAGGCAGCAGCAACAGAAAUAAACUGUAUCCAACUGGUCCAAACCGGUCCUGGUACCAGACUAGGUCCCAAGAGGGUAGAUCUCAGCUGAACUGAACUGAGCUGGAACGUGCCAAUCGAUGCCAGACUGUGCCUUCUGAGAGAAAUUGCACUCUAUUUGUACUUUCAAAAAAAUACUUUCUUCAUCCUUUUUCACAUGUACUGUAUGUGUGUUGCGGUUGAGGUGGCCUUAUUUAAUGAGAAUCAUUUGAGUCCUUCAAGCAUCACUACAUAACCCCUCGGCUUUAAACCUAGCUAGAAGAUGCAGGAUGAGAUAAUAUUGUUUUUCUGGCCAGACAGAAUUGGAGAUACGUCUCACGUGUUGAGCAGCUGAUGCCUUGAUGUCAUGUCAUGUGUGUCGUUUCACCAGUUCUGACCUGCAGCUUCAAGCUAGCGUUGACACUCGUCUUCCCUUUCUUUGUCCUGAGAAACCUAAACUGAGGAGUGACCGAGUUUAAGACUCCUCACGCAUGGGAAAUUGCAGACUUUCAAGUUUAAAGCUGGAAGGACUUUUUGUUGGAAAGCAGAGCCUUGAAAACACACCGUCUGUGUUUUGUAGUUCAGACAGCAAAGUGCUCUUCUCUGAGUCUCAGGUUCUCCCCCACUUAAGGUCACAGGCAGAAGUGUGUGGGAAUUGAGAGCACUCAAGGGUAAUGUCAGCCCACAGCUCGGGCAGUGUGACCCCCCUUGCUUCUGUGACGGUGGCGGACAGGAAGUGGUGACAGCAGAGGAACUAGCCCUCACUCGCAUCAGGCUAAAGUUGCCUCAACUUUUGUGAUGAUGUUUGGGCCACUGUUGUUUAAAUGGUGGUAUUUAUUGUGCCCGUGUCUCUGCACAUAUUUAUGUUUUACUUGUGUUUGUUUUUUAUGAUAAAGGGAAUAUGGAGCAAACCAACCAAACCAGUCCAUUCAGAGCUAAAAGUGCAAAAUUUAACAGCGCCUGCCCCAGGUGUGAUUUUUACACACUCAGCACUGACAUUUCGGCUUUAUUGACUGUGAUUUCUGACAAUUGCAAAGUGUGACAAGUUAGUAACAUUAUAUUUCCAGAAACCCUUAAAUGACACGUGCAGCACAUGGGUUCUUGACACAGCAUUUGGUUGACUGGUCAAGAUAAUCAAGUAGGUAAGGCAAUAAAAUCACAAGUAUACACAAGGGUAAUAAAUGCUGCACCAAAGUGAAAUGUCACUUUGAAGAUUUAACCCAGUGCAUGUCUCACCUUAAUUGUCUGUGAGGACUUUAAAUUUUAAUUUACAGAAAAAGACAAGUCUAUUUUAGAAUCACUUGACCCGGGUUUGACCCAUUUCAUUUUAAUUCUUGUAAAUGAAGCAGUGUUCAGGGAGUUGAAUAACAUAGCCAAAUAGAUGAAGUAGUUGUUGUUAUACUGAAGAUUUACUAAGCCAUCAUAUUGUCAUUGCAUUGGAGAAACCAUUUGUCACCAAAACAUUUUUCUUUCCUGUAAUAUAGCUACUUUGACAGAUUUGUCUUAUUUUAAUUUGUUUGUUUUUUGUUACAUUACUAGAGACAUGAGAAGACGUAAAAAACAAAGAACUAAAAUCUAUGCAGGACACAGAUGGUGUGAGGGCUGUUGUUGUUCCACGAUUUAACCAGCAGGUGCCGCUGCUUCGCCAUAAAUUUAAUCAAUAGAUGCUCACUAUUGAAACUAAGACACAAUAUAUAUGUAAGACAAAAUCGAGUCAUGUUCAGUGAAAGGAGUUGUACUUUAUAGUUAUUCUCCAUGGUUUGUUUAUAUGUCCUUUAGCAGUUACACAUCCGUGAGUUAACUUACCUGUUUGUGUUGAGACUGCCUUUAUUUGUUCUUAAUUUAAAUCCUGCCUCCUCUUCUGCCCGUGAGACUAGAAGCCCAGCCGAUAAACCGUUUAUCGUUGUUUUUUAAGGGAUGCUUACGUGGCUUCACGUAGACACACCGGACACCUUUCCUUACCUACCGGAACCAGACCUCUAAAGUCUGUUGUUGCAUAACUAGGACACAAAUACAUCCUUGAAUUAUGUUGCUUACACACACACAGCCUUAGAUUCAGCUAUCCGCCUGUGUGACGUGUUGUGCAAUGUGUCUAAUCCUUUAACAGCCAAACAACGAGAACUCAGAGAAAAACCUGUUAAAUCUUUUUAAGCCGUUUUGGCCUUUCAGCGUUCUUGGUUAUGUGUGUGUGUGUGUGUGUGUGUGUGUGUGUGUGUGUGUGCGCGCGUGUGUGUGUGUGUGUGUGUUUGUUUGACUGUGUGUGUGUUUGCGUGCGUGUGUAUGAGUGAAAAAGAGACUUGUUUUCUCUGACACACUCCAUUUUAUCUUGUUCUUUCAUGUAGUCUCCUCUUUUGGUUAUGUUAAUGUAAGUUGUUCAGCCGAGUAAUUUGUCGUUGUUGUUUUUUUUUUCAAUUAAAAUCUAACAUAUUUA